AUGAGCGCACCCGCGAAGCCCAAGCAGCCCGCGAAGGGAUGGGGCUCCUUCUUGCAGGGCGCCGUCGCCGGCCUCGAGUCGCGCCUGGACACCAUUCUCGCCGAGGACGACCAGGCUUCUGCGCGCAGCAGGGCCGACGACGCCCUGCGGAAGAAGGCCGCCGCCGAGCAAGGCCUCGACCGCACCCCGUCUCGCUCCCGCACAAACGACCGCCUCCAGGAACGACUGGCCAAAGCUGUGAAGUCUGAUGCCCAACGCUCCGGACGUCCGUCAUCCGAGCUCCCGUCGCGCACCGGCACGCCCACCAACGGCGCCGACACCUCGCGCACAAGCGUAGACUCGAGGUUCUCUGAGCCCCAGCCAUCUUCAUCGCUCCAAAACGACAAGCCCUCUGCGCCCAGGUCUUCAGACGACGACGAUGGUGUUGGAAAGGCUGGGGAAAGGGCCACAUUACAGCCGGAAGAAGGAAGCAGGACCGACUCUCCCCGUGCGUCAAUGGACUCUGGCCGUCCCGACACUCCAAUUGAUCCACCGUCACGCGUUGGGACUCCAGCUUCUGUUCCCGACGCCGGCUCGAGCCUUGAUCUCAGUGCCCCCGUCACCGAGCCGGAAGACGUUGCAGCCCUCCGACAGUCGUACGAAGAACUCACCAAAACACACCGCGAUGAGAUAACUGCGCACCUCGAGCGCAUUGAUGCGCUGCAAUCCAAAUUGAAAUAUCUCUCGGGCCAGGCUGCUUCACAGGCCCGUGCGGCUGCGAACGAGGCAGAGCAGGGAUCCUUGGAGCAGAAGCUGGCCGAAAAAGACGAGCAAAUAGCUCUACUCAUGGAAGAGGGGCAGACACUGUCAAAGAAAGAGCUGAACCUUUCAAACAGCAUCAAGAAAUUCCGUGCCAAGAUUGGGCAAGACGAAAAGACUGUUAUAGAUCUCAAGAAGAAGCUGGCAAAGGCAGAAACCAGCAUAAGCGAGGCUACUGAACGAGCAAAGCGAGCUGAGGCUGUAGCCAAGUCAGCUGAGCAGAAAGUCAAACAGCUCGAGAAGAUUGAAAAAGAAGCCAGCUCGCUCAAAUUGGAGCGCGAGGAAUCGACAAGCACGAUCGCAGACUUGAAGCGGCAGUUAAAUGCCGCAAAUGAACGUGCCGAAGCAGCUGAGAGGAAAGCCCAGAAUAACGCGGCAGCAGCAGAGCAAAAGCGGGUGUCGGAGCUGGAGGAGGAGCUCGCGGAUCUCAAAGUUGAGAAGAAGCUUGCUGAGGAACGGGCGAGAGCGGAAGCUCGCGAGACCAGGGAAGAAUCUACUCGGCAACAAGAGAGGGCAACGGUGCUGGAGGCGGAGCUGCGGAGCGAGAUUACGAACCUUGAGACGAAGCUCGAAGUGCUCCGCGCUCGCUCCGAAGAAGUCUCGUCGAACCCAUCCGGCGAUUCACAAAUCAAGCUCUUGCGUCAAAUUGAAACACUACAGACUCAGUAUUCUCUUGCUAGCGAGAAUUGGCAAGGCAUCGAGAACAGCCUUACGGCUCGGGUUGCGGCUCUGGAGAAAGAGCGCGACGAACUCGCUAAACGCGAAUCUGAAAUUCGACGCAAGGCGCGGGAAGUGAACUCCAAGUCCCGCAAAUUGGAAGAAGAACUCGAAAACACCAGCGAGCAGGCGCGUUCCCUGGAGCACGAGCUUGCCGAGCAAAAGACGCAGAUGUCUAAACUGCAGUCACGGCUAGCUCAGGUGGAGAAAGAACUCGAGAACACCAACGCAAGCUUUGAGCAACAAAAAAAGGUCUGGGAAGCCGAAUUGGCCCAGAAAAUCGAGGAAGAAAAGACCAAAUGGCGACUCGAAUCCACAAUUUCCCCUGUCUCUGGCCCAGGUGACAGUCAGGGCCACUUCCUCACACCACAAACGCCGUCAUUGCCGGGCACCAUGUUCGGCCGGAAGCACUCGGGCGAGCAGUCUCUAGGCUUGCACUCGCGGCGCAGCAUCCCGAAGAACGUGUCAUCAGAGCUGCUAUUAUCGCUGGAGCCGCAGCCUCGGCGCAUGGGCUCGUCGCAACGCAUAUCCGGCCUGCCCGGGACGCCGCAGCGCCAGGAUUCGUCAUCAACGAACGCCAACGGUCACAACGGUCUCCACCUCUCAUCCAGCCACCCGGCCGCCCCGCCGUCCAUCCACACUGUCGACGAUUCGGCCGACGCCUUCGAGCGCUCCUCGUCUCCGCACCGCACCGCUGCGGAUAUGAUCUCCGUCAGCACCGUUGGCAACGCAGGACCAUCGGUGCAGCUGGUCGAGCGCAUGAGUGCCGCCGUCCGCCGGCUCGAGUCAGAGAAGGCCGUUUCAAAGGAAGAGAUGGCGCGGCUGGCGGCCCAGCGGGACGAGGCGCGCGAGGAGGUUGUCGCGCUGAUGCGCGAGGUCGAUGAGAAACGCGCCCAAGGGAAGCUCGUUGAGCAGCUUCGUCAAGAGCUGCGUGAUGUCAACGCUCGCUACGAAACGACACUUGAGGCGCUCGGCGAGAAGAGUGAGCAGGUCGAGGAGCUGCAGAAUGACGUCGAAGACCUCAAGAAGAUCUAUAAGGAUCUGGUGGAGAGAACAAUGAAGUAG